UACCACAAGAAAUGCAACUCUGUGCCUAUGAACAGAACACAUUGCAUGUGGAAAUUAACAAAAAAAAGUUUUUGAUUGUAAAGAUUUAAAGCUCAAAGUGCUGCUUCAUUUAUUGCUGUGAAAAUACACUUAAAGUGGAAUCUUUAACAGUCCUAUUGUUUUUGUAAAUAAUCGCAUCUUUGAGGCACAUAUGUCCAGACAUUUGCCGAUAUUAUCCGUGUUAUUCCUUUAAAUUCCAGAUGCGUUUUUGUAAGUGAUACUCAAUCUAUUUUCAGAAUCAAAUGAUUGUGUGACGACUAUAAUUGGUGGGUUUGAAAUCACCCCAGAAAUCGUCAAUGAAACGACUAGGUUAACCGUUUGGCGAUUUUUAUAACACUAAAUCAUUAGGAUUACUUGUACGUUAUGCAACAAGCUAUACCAACUAUAUCAACACAAUCAGAUAUAGCGAAAGUCAUGCAGCCUCAUUCAGCACAAAAUAUGAUUUUGCCAGCCAAUAAAAAGACCAAAAAGUAUGGCCAACAGGUGCCACCCUCAAAGCCACAAUCCCUUCAGCUGCAUCUGCAACAGCAUCAUAACCACCCAACAUCUCAGACUCAGUUUCAGAUAAAUAAGGCAUACAAUAUGGUAUCCAUUCUUAAGACCACAGCUCAAAAUGCUCAACAGUCUCCACACUUAACGCAUCAGCAACAAACACCAUCUAACCAACAUCAGCAAAUACAACAGCAUCCACAAAGCUAUGCAAAUGUCGUAAACAGACCUAUAUCAGCGUCUGCACCAGUUGGAGCCCAGCAGUCAACGGUUAUGUGUAACGGCUCAAACAUAAUGACAGUGAAUAGUUGUCAACUGAAUUCCGGUGAUUUGAAUACGACCGCCAUAUAUAACCUAUCCAGUCACCAAGCAUUAGCUGGAAGCCUAGAUGAACACGUUCGCUUUCUAAAUGUGCCGGAUAUUAAGAAAAAUGGAAAUAACAUUGGCAAUGCUACAGUAGUAUCAAAUAGCUCUAACGCCAUUGUCGGAAAUGGAACGACUUCCUGUACUGGAGUCAGUACUAACAGCCAAAUAAUGUUGCACGACAAGAAUAUCGUUGGCGUUAGCGUAAAUUGUGUUGAUAAUAAUAGAAAGUAUGAUUUCAAAAACAGUAGUUUGGUCUUAAAUAAUAACUUCCAAACAUCUACACCAGAGUACGUUUCGACGGGAAACAGCAGUUCUGGGAAUAGCCGAUCUAAUCCACAAAGUGGCGGCAUUUUUCGAGGUCCACCACCCACGGCAAGUGCCCCACGAGGCUCCAGUGGAGGUGCAACACGCCAUGUCCAUGUACAACAGAUGUACUCACAGCCUCUUCACCAAAACGUGGUGCUCCAACAAUAUACACAAUACCCGCGACAACAAACAUUUCCAUCUACUCACUUGCAAUAUGCAUCCGCCCCAAUGCCCUACUAUCCAUACCAAUAUGUGCCAACUCUUCAACAGCAGCCGUCGCCACAUACCCGAAAUGCUGUUACGGUUAAUACCAACGUAAAUGUGGGAAAUACUUUGCAGCCAGUCCAGUCCGGGCCCAAUGGACCACUGCCUGGUCCGGGGACAAACUCGUCGCAGCUUCAAUUGCUCACAAGUGCAGUGCAGCCAGGAUCAAGUUCAGUGAUGGGAGUCAGUGGUAGUCCUGGAAUGGGACAAGUAGGUGUUUCUCCAAUGGUUGGAGUUGGUGUAAUGCCAACAAGUGUCCAAACCCAAUCGGUACAGGUGCAACCAUCAAGCAGGCGCCGACAUCAGCAUCGGUUGCCGAUAAUCGAUCCUGCAACUCAAAAAAACAUAUUAGAAGAUUUAGACAAGACAAACUUAAACACAGAUAAAGACUUUUCGGAGCAGGCAACACUUACAAACACAUCGGCAGCUGUCCUUUCAGAAGGUCCUAUACGUAUUCCACAGCAAGAUGGUGUUGCAAUCAGUAAUUUAAGCAAUAUUAUAUCACAAGGAUCCGAAUCACGGAUAAACGCCUCUUUCAGCCCGAUCGAACCUAUAUCAAUAAGUCGCCAAGAUGUUGGGCAGACACCAAUCGUAUCAGCGAUGUCUGAUGCACCAUCGGUCGAAAUAUUACCAACGCCUCAAAGAGGUAGAAGCAAAAAAAUUCCUAUAGUGUCUCCCAAAAAGGUAUCUGAUUCCAUUGCUACUACUUCUUCUAUUUCUAUUUCUGACGAAACGGAUGAUGCUGUGUCAAAAGCGAUUGCCGCAACCCCUGAGGAACCUCUACAACCAAAUCCGCAUCAAAAAUUACUCACAUCCGAAUUAUCGGAACAGAAGCAAGCCGCAUUAAAAACUGACAUUACAAAGGAAGUGGAAAAAGUAACGGAAAAAGCAAAUACCGAAGUAAAUUUUGGUGUGUUUUCUGGAAAUCAUCAAUUAGAGAUACUGACUGCCACUGAAACGAACAGUCAACCAUCAAAGAAUUUUUCUGUCCAGCCUGAAAUCUCUAAUAUUGACGAAUUACCGCCUGUUGAUUCUGUUGCAGAUUCGGCUAAGAUUCACACCAUUUUGGAUAACUAUGAUUCUACACAGUCAAAUGAAAUGGAAAAAUCUAUAGUUGAAAAUUUUAAAGAUAACCAAUGUGAAGAACAAACAGUUCAUGGUGAAAUAAGUUUAGUAAGUGUCCCUGAUGAGAUUGAACUAUCAUCGAUGGCAUUAAAAAAAGGGACUUGUUUAGACGAUAGUUAUAUCGAAACAUUAGAUAUUAUAGAGACUAAAAAUAAUGGAGAUGUUUUAGAUGAAGUCGCUACUAAUGAGUCACCAACGGAGACCAAUUCAACAAAUAACACAGACAUAGAUUUAAAUCUCCAGUUCCCUUUAAAAUCAGACGAAAUGUCAGAGACGGAUUUGGAAGAUAAACCUAAGUCUACUAGUCCUUCAGACGAAAAAACAGGAAUAACCGUAUCAUCUGUUAUCAAUUAUAAUGAAGGUCAAUGGUCUCCAAGCAAUCCAAGCGGCAAAAAACAAUAUAAUCGAGAUCAGUUAUUACAGUUACGGGAGGUGAAGGCCUCACGUAUACAGCCAGAGGUGAAAAAUGUGUCUAUUCUUCCUCAACCUAACUUAAUGCCAGCAUUUAUCCGAAAUAACAAUAAUAAUAAGCGAGUACAAUCUAUGGUUGGAAUGAUUGGCAAUCGUAGUAGUGAUUCCGGAGGUAAUUACAUUGGCAAACAAAUAUCAAUGUCUGGUGUGAUGGGUGGUGGCAGCAGAAAUAGUAUGAAAGGCAUGAUUCACGUUAAUUUGUCCCUAAACCAAGAUGUUAAACUAAGUGAGAACGAAAACGCUUGGCGUCCAAGAGUCUUGAAUAAAUCGGAUGUGGACAGCGACACAAAAUCUACGCAAGAAUUGGUUCGUCGAGUUCGUGGCAUUUUAAACAAGCUUACCCCUGAAAGGUUUGAUACGCUUGUCAAAGAGAUUAUAAAGUUGAAAAUCGAUACGCCAGAAAAAAUGGACGAAGUUAUUGUGCUGGUAUUUGAAAAAGCAAUUGAUGAGCCAAACUUUUCUGUAUCCUAUGCCAGACUAUGCCAUCGUCUGAUUUCGGAAGUAAAAGGGAGAGACGAGCGCAUGGAGAGCGGCACAAAAUCUAAUUUGGCGCACUUCAGAAAUGCUUUGUUGGAUAAAACCGAACGGGAAUUCACACAAAAUGUCUCACAGAGCACUGCAAAAGAAAAAAAAUUACAGCCAAUAGUAGAUAAAAUAAAGAAAAGUACAGAUGCUAAUGAAAAAGCAGAACUUGAGGCAUUCUUAGAAGAGGAGGAGAGAAAAAUACGACGACGCUCCGGAGGCACCGUACGAUUUAUCGGUGAACUUUUUAAGAUAUCUAUGUUGACUGGCAAAAUAAUAUAUUCUUGCAUUGAUACACUUCUUAAUCCUCAUUCUGAAGACAUGCUUGAAUGUCUAUGCAAGCUGCUCACCACUGUGGGUGCCAAGUUUGAGCAGACUCCAGUGAAUUCGAAGGAACCAGGAAGGUGUUACUCAUUGGAAAAAUCUAUAACCAGAAUGCAGGCUAUUGCUUCAAAAACUGACAAAGAUGGAGCCAAAGUAAGCUCACGGGUGCGUUUUAUGCUUCAAGAUGUUAUAGAUUUGCGGAAGAAUAAAUGGCAAACUUCACGCAAUGAGGCACCCAAAACUAUGGGACAAAUUGAAAAAGAAGCAAAGAACGAGCAGAUUUCUGCACAAUAUUUUGGUACACUUUCCAGUAAUACGCUUGUAGGAACACAAGGCGGCUCUGGUAAACGAGAUGAUCGUGGCAACGCUCGAUACGGAGAAUCUCGUUCUGGUAGCGGGUAUGGUGGCAGUCACAGCCAACGUGGCGACAACGGAAACCUACGGCACCAACAGCAAAGUAAUAUUGGCGGAGUCAGUGGCUCUGGCGGAGCAGCACACUCAAAUGGAAACAAUGAUGACAAUACUUGGCAUGUGCAAACUAGCAAAGGUAGCCGUUCCCAAGCGGUCGACAGUAAUAAACUGGAGGGUUUGUCUAAACUUUCUGAUCAAAACUUAGAAACAAAGAAGAUGGGUGGAUUAGGGCAAUUUAUUUGGAACCCAGCAAAACAAUCAUCUGUACCCACAGCAACCCCAUCCAAUCCCUUUGCUGUGCUAUCAUCACUUAAUGAUAAAAAUAGCAGUGAGUGGGAUCGCGCUGUUCCUAGAAAUAAGGGGUCAUAUAAUAAGGGAUCGAUGGAACGCGAUCGCUAUGAUAGAGGUAUACAUUCGAGGACUGGAUCAUCUCAAGGGUCACGAGAAAACUCAUCCUCCCGUAGUGGGCAACAGGGCCAUGGUCGCAGCCUAUUGAGUACGUCUGUUCAAAAAUCUGCUAGUCAAUCAAAAUACACGCAACAGCAAGUGGUUCCUGGACGUCAUACUGCCAAAGUACAGCCAUCACUUGGUAGCUCUACUGUCAACGCUGGUGGACUUUACCGUGGAAGUGAACAACCGUCACCUGCAUCCUUACCGUUUUCUCAAAGUACUCGUUGUGUUGCUCCUGCGGCAGUUUUCAAUGAGGCUAGUGAAACAGAUCUGAAGAACAUAAAGUCUGUUGUCUCAGAAAUGAUAGAGCUUGCAUCAGCCUCUGAGACAGUAACGCCCGGUGUAGUCGCGUGCAUUAAACGAGUACCAGAGGAAUUGCGCUGCAGUUUCUUAUAUUACAUAUUAACGGAUUACUUGCAUUUAGCGGAUGUUGGUAAACAGUACAGGCGGUAUUUGGCCAUUACUGUUUCCCUACUUAUUCAACAGAAUUACAUCUCUGUGGAUCACUUCAGACUGGCGUACAAUGAAUUUAGCGAGUACGCGAACGAUUUAAUUGUUGAUAUUCCAGAGCUUUGGCUGUACAUUCUCCAAUUUGCCGGGCCAUUAAUUGUGAAGAAAAUCUUAACUGUAUCCGACUUGUGGAACAAAAAUUUAAAAGACAAUAGCCCUUUAAAAGUGGCUAAAAAGUUCCUUAAAACAUACUUGAUAUAUUGUACACAAGAAGUUGGACCAAAUUUUGCCCGGAGUAUGUGGAUCAAGUUCAACUUAAAAUGGUCAGAUUUUAUGCCUGAAAAUGAAAUCGAAGACUUUAUUAAAUGCAACAGGCUGGAAUAUGUUGAAAACGAGUCUAUGUCGCCAGUGAUUGAGCAACGAGAGUCCCCGGAAAAGCACGUCAAAAAUGUGAUAGACCAUAUUGAUCACUUGUUGAAGGAAGGAACGACCGCAGAUUGCAUUAUUGACUACAGUAACGGAAAUAUAAUGGUGGUCGAUAAGUUGUUUAUUAGGGGAUUGACUGAAACGUUAAGUAAUUUCUCAAUUCUCUACAAGGAAAAUAGUUAUAAACUUGAGACCGAAACCUUUCAAAAGUUUUGCAUACCAGUUUUGCUGAGAUACAUUGAUUCGAAUGAAGAUCAUCAACUUGAAUGCUUAUAUACUAUGCAACUAUUAGUCCAUGGUUUAGAGCACCCUAGAGGAUUGCUGAGUGAACUAAUUGGCGAGCUUUAUGAUGCCUAUGUAAUACAAAAGGAAUCGCUCUGUAAAUGGCGCGAUUCAAAGGAUCAGUCAGCUGGCAAGGGCGUUGCUGUAAAAAGUCUUAAUCCUUUUUUUAACUCGUUAUUAAACGAUGACGCUAACUAAAACCGGAAAUUAUCUGGCCUAGGCAGCAUAUAUUUAAAAUUUGUAAUAAAAUUUAUUAAAACGAAGUUUGGUGGGUGAAGAAGGUUCAUUAACAGUAUAUAUAGAUUUCAAUAUGGACUUAUUCAAUUUCACUAAAGAUUCUGGUUCAUGACUUAAGAUUACAUGCAAAAAUAUAAAAAGUGUAUAACAUAUGUACAAUAAAGCGAACCAAAAGGAAA